AUGUCCUCCACCAACCUGAACAAUCAGUCUGAGCAGUAUUUGACAGUCAUGCUCGGCAUAAAAUCUUGGGACGAUGUAAAAGCAGUGUUCAGCCUAUCCCGAUGGAGUGAAGCUGUUGGAGUUGAACAUUUUCUCUUCAGAUUCGCAGUUAUGGGUAACUCUGUAGAGCAAUGGCGUUCUGCCAUAGGCGGCUUUAACCCCAUUCGUGCUGCAGGCAUCAGCAACAGCCACACGGCCGACUGCGGGACCAGGGUUAAACAUACCGACCAGACAAUCAGCCCCCCGUACAAAUCACUUGCUGUGAUUACACUUCUUCUCGUAAUUGGAGGAAUAGAGCUUAACCCCGGUCCUCGGAUCGAAAAAGAUACCAAAGAUACAGAUCACACACGGGUUAUGUCAGCUGACAAACGCCUUGAACUUGAUACUUCUGAGAUCGACUUUAAGGGUGAUUGCCUCUUUAAGUCUCUGGCAGACCAACUAAUGUUGUUGACGUCUUUUCGAAUGAACAAUCACGAACUAAGAGACCACUUGGUCAGUUAUAUCAGAGGACAUCCAACUCAGCCAAAUUGUGAUCAUGUUAUGGCGUUGUUUGAUGCUGAUAAAAAUGAACCUUGGCAGACAUAUUUAUCAGCAAGGGAUCUGAGCGCUACAGACGACAUUUACGAUGUACAGCUAGUAUGGUACACAAGCGAGUAUAUGACAGAUUCAACAGUGUGGGGGGACAAUGUCAUCCUAUACGCAUUUACACAACUCUAUAACAUGGACGUUGUUGUUCAUAUCGCCGGGGUUGAUGAACCGUACAUAAUGACUGGUGAGAAUGGGAAUCAGGAGCGAAAGCAAGCCAAACUUGGCUAUAUCCCUCAGCUCAAAUUCGUCAGUCUUGUUGAGAAAAAAGAUAAUGUACAUCAAACGAGAAAGCUUCUGACAGACUUUAUUGUGGAAUCCCAAAAGUAUGUGAAACUUGAAGACAACAAAACGGAGAACGAUGUUCAUGACGUCCCACAGAUGACAAAAAUGAACGAAAAAGCAAUAUCAGACUCAGACAAUGUGAAAGGUGAACAAAUCCCCACAUUGCCCUCAAAUAUCGUUAAAGAAUCACUCAAACAAAGACUUGAAGAACGUGGUAACGCACUCAGAGAAAAACUUUAUUCCGAGGGCAGCCAAGCUAUUCAAAAAGAUCUGAAUCAAAGGAAAGAUGCAGCAAGUCACUCAGCCGGCCAGACGAUACUGGAAGAAUUGAAAGAUUACCACACUUUGUGCGCUGUUAAUAAAUGUACAGACAGUGAUGAGACCCAUCAGAAUGGCAUCAUACAGCAACUUAGAAUGCUUCUGGAAAUACUGAUUAAAGAAAAAGAAGAAGAAAAGCCGGAUGUGAAAACGAAGACCCCUCUCAUUGACUAUAUACCUGAGGACUGUGUUAACGAUGAAGCUACACCAGCUAUGUAUGAACUUGGCAAACAAAUAACAAAAUGUAACGAAAAUGAUGAACUUUCGAAACAGGCGCGAUUAAUGGUUCAAUUGGGUAACAUGUACGCAGAUCUAGCCAAAAAGACAAAAGAGGGUUGGCACUUUGUUUGGGCAUCAACUUUAUACAAUGCUGCCCUGCAUCGCAUCAACAAGGACAAGUCUUCUGUUGAUUAUGCCAACGAGCCGUCCGCUUAUGAGAUCAAUGAUGCAUUACAACAGCUAGAGACCAACUUUCUCCUGUUGGUGGCCAAAGUGUCAAAAGGGCAGGAUGAAUCACCAAAAGACUACACGAGGAGGUACAAGGAAACUCUGACUAAACUCAGAGAAUAUUCAAAUGAAACGGUUAAUAACAUUCACACUAAUGAUAUGCAGUUAGACAGUGAAACAUUUGAUAUGACCAAAGACAGUGAGAUAAGUAUGAUAAAACAUAGCAAGAAAUUCUAUGAGGAAUUGACAUGUAAAAUUAAAGGCUUCCAUAGUCUUUUAAUGGAUGAGUGCAUUUCAGUAAUGGGUAAGCCAGAUUGUAGGUACGCUUGGAUAGGCCUCGGCUCUCUGGCUAGGAAAGAAGCGACUGCCUGGUCAGAUCUUGAAUCUGCCAUCAUUUUUGACCCUUCAGGUAAGACCGAUGAGGAAAUCGAGAAAAUAAAACAGUAUUUCAGGGAUCUUGUGCAUUAUCUCCAUCUUAAGGUUAUCAAUUUGGGUGAAACUCUUGUCAAUGGUUUAGAUAUUCCCGUGUUAAAAGAUUGGAAUAGUAAACUCCCAAAAGGAGUAAAAGAUAACGAUUUUCGAGAUAAUGUAACGCCACAGGGAUUAUGUUUUGAUGGUACGCCACCUAAAGCUAGCAAAACACCUCAUGGAAGAAGAUCGACCAAAGAUCCCCUCAAAAGCAGUAUCUUUGAGUUAAUCAUGACCCUAGAUGAAAUGUCAAAUUGCCAGUUUGAAGAGGUGUCAAUGAGAGAGGGUUAUAAUCUUAGUGAUGUUCUCCUGACAUCUACUUUCUUACACGGAGAUGAUUUGCUUUGGAAGGAAUACAAUGAAAAAGUUCACGCGAUAAUGCGGUCACCAUCAAUCAAGAGUAGUCUUAAAUUAUCCGUUAGCAAAGAAAGAGGAAAGGUUACAUUACGUGACGAUUUGAAAAAAUAUUUUCAAGACCCUCUCCUACCAGAAGCAUUUAAUCGAGAUGUCCGAACAAAACACAGAAUAUACAGAUUCGCAACAAUAUCUAUCAAUAUUCUGAAAUUGUUGCAUCUCUGUGUCGAAUUCUCUCCCCUCGAUAUUUUGGAAGAACUGCAUAAGAUGAGAGUUUUAACUGAAAGGGCUAAGAUAGACUUGCAGGUCAUGGUGUGCAUCGCGACUAACUUGAGGCAUUUAGUAUAUGGUCGAUUUGGUAGACAACAUGAGAAUAUAUCAUUUGUUCUUCCCACCAACACCGGUCCCAAUUCAUCAGAUAUGAUAUCUGUGAGGGAUUAUACUGAAAUCUUCCGGUUCUAUAGCACUCUUAUUCCAUGGUCAGAAUUUUUGUUGAAUCGUUUUUGUUUUGACGACAUUUUAACUUGCAAAUACGAGUCAAAAUAUAAAGAUAUCAGUAGACUAACUAACGCUGGAUUGCAAGAGCAAAUGUACAUGACUCAAAAAGCAAUCGAAUCACUUCUCCAAGAAGAGCGUUCACAAAGUGAUUCUGAAAAUAACAGGGAAAAGCUCCUUGACAUACGAAAUCGGCUUGCUAGAUUGUACUACAGUAACGGUGAGUAUGAUAAAGCAAUUAAAUACUUGGAAGAUUGUCAUGCGAUGGAGAAAGUGACCCAUGGUAACAAUUCCCACCCAGAUGUAGCAAUUGCAGUGGGAAGUAUUGGCAAGCUAUAUGACAAUAAGGGUGAGUAUGAUAAAGCAAUUAAAUAUAGCGAAGAGAGUCUUUCCAUGUUUAGGGAGAUACAUGGGAACAAUCCCCACCAAGAUAUAGCAAUUUUAUUGGGUAAUAUUGGGGAUAUAUACACCAGAAAGGCUGAGUAUGAUAAAGCGAUUGAAUAUAAUGAGAGGAGUCUCACAAUGAAGCAAGUGAUACACGGAAACAAGCCUCACCAAGAUAUAACAGAUACAUUGGGAAAUAUUGGCAAUGCAUAUGCCAGUAAGGGUGAGUAUGAUAUAGCGAUUAAAUAUCACGAAAAGAGUCUGUCGAUGCUUGAAGAGUUAUACGGGAACAAUCCUCAUCCAAAGAUAGCACUUGUAUUGGGUAAUAUUGUUUAUGCAUGUACAAGUAAAGGUGAGUAUGAUAAAGCGAUUGGAUAUUGCGAGGAAAGUUUAGCCAUGAAGAAAGUGAUAUACGGGGAGGACUAUCCUCACCCAGCUAUAGCAAGUACAUUGGGAAAUAUUGGUUCUGUGUAUGGCUGUAAGGGUGAGAAUGAUAAAGCCUUAAAAUAUUACCAGGAGAAGCUUGACAUGGAAAGGGAGAUAUAUGGUAACGGUCCUCAUCCAGAUAUUGCAAAUUCAUAUGGUUGUAUUGGACAUUCGUUUUGCGAAAAAGGUGACGUUGUCAAAGGACUGAUAUAUUGCAAGAGAAGCCUUGAUAUGUUUAAACAGAUCUAUGGUGACAAUGCUCAUCCAAACAUUGGGACCACCCUAAACACCAUCGGGUGUCUUUAUUUAGACACGCAGCAAUAUUCCGAAGCGCUCGAUUGCUUCAAUGAAGCCUAUCACGUGUUUGAAAAGAUCUACGGAAACAAUACCCAUAUACAUCUAGAAACUGUCCUUGAUCAUAUAAGACAAACAAAAGAACGUUUGAGGAGGUGCACACUAAUAACGAAUGAAGUGAGUAGUUUUUUUGAUAACCAAUAA